AUGACUUCAAACUACUUCUCUUGGCUCUCAAGUCAUCUACAUUGCUCAGACCUAGGAUACCAACCUGAGAAUGCUUUCUCUGAAACCAACAUGAGGAUGAAAACGAGAAUGGAAACGGAAGCAGAGAGAGCAGAAGAAGAAUGCAGAGAUGUAUGGUACUGGAGUCGAUGCUCAGGAGGGGAAGAGGCUUGGAUGUGGCCUCCUGGCUGGACGCCUAGGAGGAAGAGGCAGUGGACCCUGUUCCAGACGCUGGCCUGGCAGGGAGUACGAGAGAGGAAGCCCCUGUGUGAUGUCUCUCCAAUCAGCAUGUCUCCCAUUAGUCAAUCUCAGUUUAUUCCACUUGGGGAAAUCCUUUGCUUGGCCAUCUCAGCGAUGAAUUCUGCAAGAAAACCUGUCACACCAGAAGCACUGAUGGAACACCUGACCACUUGCUUUCCAGGUGUUCCAACUCCAAGCCAAGAAAUCCUGAGGCAUACGUUGAACAUGCUGGUUCGCGAGAGGAAAAUCUACCCCACUCCAGAUGGCUAUUUUAUUGUGACCCCACAGACUUAUUUUAUUACUCCUUCCCUCAUAAGAACUAAUAGUAAAUGGUAUCAUUUGGAUGAGAGGAUACCUGACAGGACUCAGUGUACCUCUCCACAGCCAGGGACCAUUACACCCUCCACCUCAGGCUGUGUCCGGGACAGAACAUUACCCAAAAACCACUGCGACUCUUGCCAUUGUUGUAGAGAAGACAUGCAUAGCAUGCAUGCAUCUACUUUGCAGAGGAAAGCCGCCAAGGACUGUCCCCCUUCUCUAUGCCAAUUGCCACCCACUGAAAAAAGUAAAAGUACUGUAAAUUUUUCUUAUAAGACAGAAACGCUUUCAAAACCUAAAGACAGUGAAAAACAGUCCAAAAAAUUUGGGCUGAAGUUGUUUAGGCUAAGUUUUAAGAAAGACAAGACAAAACAACUAACUAAUUUUUCUGCACAGUUUCCCCCAGAGGAGUGGCCUCUGAGGGAUGAGGAGACACCCACUACAAUCCCCAGAGAGGUAGAAAUGGAAAUUAUCAGGCGCAUUAACCCAGAUCUGACCGUUGAAAACGUCAUGAGGCAUACUGCACUAAUGAAGAAACUCGAUGAAGAAAAGGCUCAGAGGAGCAAAACAGGGUCGUCUGCCCACCACAGUGGGAGGAGCAAGAAGGGCAGGAACCAUCGGAAGACCCACGGCAAAACUCGUUCUCAUAGCAAGACGCGGGGGUCCAAAGGAGGAGACCCUUCGGAUGGUUCUCAUCUGGAUAUUACGGCAGACCGAGACUAUGACUUGGGCGAUCCUCUGACUCGGUCGCCGCGGGAAGGCUGCUUCAUCGUUGAGCACAAAGGAGAUCAUUUCAUCACGCACAGCCACCCUAACAUGCUUGAGCCUCAUUUUCCCAUGACGCCGGAAUGGGACGUGUCUGGAGAACUGGCCAAGAGGAGGACCGAGAUGCCUUUUCCUGAACCUUCCCGGGGAAGUUCUCACUCGAAGGUCCAUCGAAGUCACAGCCAUACCCAGGAUCGAAGGUCCAGGAAUGAACGGUCCAAUAAAGCCAAGGAGAGAUCCAGGUCGAUGGAUAAUUCCAAAGGCCCUCUUGGUGCUGUUUCUUUAGGGACCACCGAGGACAUAGCCGAAGGUUGUAGCCAAGAUGAUCCAACGACACCUAGCCAGUCUUAUACCGACGAUAGUACUCUAAGGCCUACGCAGACGGUCAGUCACCCAAGGGCUCACAUUUCAUCCACAAACUAUAAAGAGGUGUGUAUCCCCGAAGUUGUCAGUGGCAGCAUUGACGCCCCCAAUUCUUGUAGCCUUUCGGAACAGAGCAAACCUCCAGAGAGUUUGCCGCCGUAUAAUGAACUCAAUGCCUGUCCAACCAAAACCGCAAUGGAUGAUUAUUUUCAGUGUAACACCUCCAGCGAGACAGUACUCACCGCUCCAUCACCUUUGGGGAAGAACAAAGACGACGCUGACACUCUGACCUUGACCGACGGGAUGAAGAAACUCUCCUCCUCCGAGAGGCAGCCUCAGCACCCCACCAGAGAACCCGUGGUCCACAAAGAGGAGUCGCCCAAAGGGCCGGGGGGAGGCUUGGCGGCAAUUUCUGGCCCGGCCGUGGACUCGCUUGCCAAUGGACGCUUGCUCCCUCACCACAGCACGGAGUCGAUCAGCCUGGAUAAGAUAUUCAGCAAAGACACGCUGUUCAAACCGCUCCAUAGUGCCCUGUCCAUGAACAAUUAUCACAAGCCGACCGUGUCCCUCCUGAAAGCUCACCCACAGACAUCUCCGGAUGCUUUGCCGGGCCGUUGCGAGAUCCUUGAACAGUCCCUGGCAGCCUCAGUGGGCCAAGCUGUGCCCCUUUCCCAACGACAGCAGGAAGCUGGUGGGAACCAGGAAGCUUCCUUUGACUACUACAAUGUCUCUGAUGAUGACGACUCUGAGGAAGGGGCACACAAGAACACAGAAGAGGAGAAGAAUCGGGACGAUGUGGGGACCAUGCAGUGGUUGCUGGAGAGGGAAAAAGAAAGAGACCUACAGAGAAAAUUUGAAAAGAACCUCACCCUCCUCACCCCAAAGGAAACCGAUAACAGCAGCAGCCAGAGAGCGACACAUUCGGCUCGGCUAGACAGCAUGGACAGUAGCAGUAUCACCGUGGACAGUGGCUUUAAUUCACCACGAACCCGUGAGAGCCUGGCUUCCAACACUUCCAGCAUUGUUGAAAGUAACCGUCGUCAGAACCCAACCCUGAGCCCCGCGCACAUAGGCGCAGCGCCGGCAUUCAGCUUCCGCACAAGUACAGACCCCUCAGCAAAUGAAGCCGAGAAGUUGCCGAAACCCAAUUGCUUGCAAGCUUCUGUUACUAGUGUGUGAUAGUCAUCCUGCCUCCUCCAAUAUUUUGUCUCAUCCUGUAUGGCAAAGUUUACGACGUUGGGACCGAUGUUUACAUCUUUGGGAAGACAAGCAUCUCCACCACAGUUUUGGUGUUUACUUAAACUGUGCUGCUAAGUAGGCUAGGACAAAAAAACAAAAAAACAAAAAAACAAAAAAACAAAAAACAAAAAACAAAAAAACAAAAAAAAUCUUAAUUUCCAAGUAUUGUUUUUCACGUUUAUGGCUCUGUAGCAACAGACUAGCCCAGUAGGGGUAAUGUGUAUACUUUUGCUUAACUGAUCAUAACUGAGCACAUAGGUGAGAGUCUAGCCACUGUAGGUGUUAGCUGCAUUUUUUGGUGUCAUGCGGUUGCUAAUUCCAUUGACAUAUGCCACAGAUGUGUGAUGAAGUUCUUAGUCCUUGGUUGAACGGUGCCACAGAACGGAUCCUUGACACUUAUUUCCCCCCAAGCUAAGCCACCACAGAAAGCAUAAAAUAAAAGGCACAGGUCACCUUGAGGAAAACAGCGCCAAACACUGCUAGAAAGGACCUCAGCCCUUCUCUGUCUGUGAAUUAUUUAUACACCCAUCAUUUUCACUGUGAGUUCUCAUGACACUCUUUUUGCAGCCCUUGAAAGUGAGUUAGAAGGGAUUGUGUUCGAAUUACUGGGUGGUAUUUUAUUAUGAGGUUUUUUUGUGUGUGUUUGGUUUUGGGGUUUUUUUUUUGGAAGGGGGCGGGGGUGAAUAUAUCAGAUCCUUGUCUGAUUCUAAACCUUCCAUAACUACAAAGAGAAAUCUAUAGGUCUUUGAAUUUAAAGUGGACAAAGAAAGGGGGAAUCGACCGACUUGGCUUAGCAACAGCACUGAGUGAUGGAAGAAGUAAUGCGGAUUUUUUUUUCUUAAGUAUUAAAUCAUGUAUCUUAGGGAGGUCAUUUUAUUCUUGUGAUACUUAUGAUGUUCCUAGUUUAAUAGAGGAAAUAACUAAUUUGUUUAAAUGAAAAGCAAUUUCUUUGUGAUACAAAUGAAGAGUAUGGCCUGAGGAGUUUAUUUCUUUCUAAUGGAAGGAUAUAAUUCUAUUUUAUGUAGUUUUAAAUAGAAUGCCUAAAUUAGGCUGUGGAAAAUAAUCUUUAGUGGUUAUAUAGAAGAGCAGAUUUAGGGAGAGUUGAACUUCAGGCCUUUGAUUCCUGGAAAGAUGAUUGUGGACAAAUAAAAAUAAGAUUUGAGCGGAGAUAUAUUUGUGCCCAGGGGAUUUCUAGCACAAAGCCCUCAUUCUACAGGUGUGGCAUAUACAUAAUUUGUACUCCCCUAAAAUUUCCCAGAAUAAUUAUGCAUAUAUGAACUAUGCCAGAGUAAUGUUUACAGAUACAUUGGUACCAACUUUCAGGAGUCACUCUUAGGUAGGCUUAUAGAUGUUUUUAGCCCAUAUUGUUCCCACAAAUGGUUUAUCGCUGUUUUGUUUUGGUUUCUAGUUUAAGGCAUUAAAGAUGCCUUUCCACAGCUUAGGGAUUAUUACACAAAAAGAUACCAAAUUUUCUGAUUCAAAAUAAGUUGGUAAUUGAAAGUUCCAAGAUUUUUAUUAGAACAGCAAAUGAAAAUGGGUGAAAAUGAUAAAAAGUGAUUUGUAAAAAAAAAAAAAUGAUGUGAGAUGCAAGGCAGUGAUAUCUAACAGCACGGAGUUUCUCUUUGUGAUGGGUUUGGUUUUGUUUUUUGGUCAGCCAGUUAUUAUAAAUGAAUUAAUGCAUUCAACUGUAAAUGUGAAUUUCAGUUGGAGUUCAGAUUUUGUUAGGGUAUAACAUUUGUAAAAUACUUCCAUCUUAAUAUCCUAAUUUGAAUCACCAGAAAUCACAGAAAUCUGUGUUCUCAUUUUUUACAGUUAUAUACAAUUGGUAGAUUCCCUCCCCAAUUUGCUUUAGAACCUGAGGCACUGGGGGAUGUUCUGAUUCUUUUGCAGAUAUUUGGGAGACACAUGGGUCAGAUUCCUUAUUUUUGGUAUUAAGAAUUCCUUUUUAUGUUGCAAUUAGACAUUCCAUUGCAUUUCUGAGUAGACUCCUAAACCAGUGGGCCUUCACCCUCAUGCCUUAUUUCCUCUAUGGCAUGCCAUGUCUGCUCAGAAAUGCAUCGUUUCCCUCAUUGUUUAAAUAUGUGAGAAGGAACGAUAAUAUAUCUAAUAGACUCCAGAGUCUGUUUCUUUGGGGAGUUGGAUAUCAUACGGUUACUAAAAUUUCCACAAAAAUUCAUUAAAAAAAACUAUUCAUAAGUAAUAGAAAUGUUGGAAUGCUAUGUUAACUUCUGAAAAUAGCCACUGUAAAAAUCAGAUAAUAUGUGAACAGAAAAUGGGGGGGGGCGGGGAAAUCACUCAUUUAAAAAAAAAACUUUUUUAAAUCAAAAAUUGUCAAGCAUUAGACAAAAAGUUAACAGUCUAAGGAAACGUAUACACUAUCUAGCCAGACAAAUGGUGUAUAUAAUUUCAAAAACCUCUCAUA